AAAAAGGCUAAAUCAAUGCAGGGAUCAGUGUUGCUGCUGCUUACCUUCGCCGUUCUGCUCUGCGCCGCAGUGGCUCUGCCCACAAGUCUGUCCAAAUCCGAGGAGGAUUUGCUGGAACAGAUGCUGGCGGAAAGCGUGGAGAGCGGCGAACUGCAGGACCUGGACGAAAGCACCGGCAAUCACAUCGUCAAGCGAUCUGCCAAGGAUUCCAGCUCCUCCGAGGAGGAUAAGAAUGGGGCCAAGGGAAAGCUAAAGGACAAGGCAAACAGCUCAGCGAGUUCCUCAUCCGAGGAGAAGACAACAACGGGAAAUGCUGUCCAUGAGGGAGAAACUACAACCGAGAACUCCGCUCGGAGACGCCGGGAAAUUGCAACAAAUGACGAAAAGGAUCAAGGAAAUCAAAAAACCAGCGAGGAGUCGCCAUUGGAUGUACAACGGGUUCCCCGGCUAUUGUCAAUGCAGAGAUCCGUGUUGCUGCUGGUUACUUUCGCCGUCCUGCUCUGCGCCGCAGUGGCUCUGCCCACAAGUCUGUCCAAAUCCGAGGAGGAUUUGCUGGAACAGAUGCUGGCGGAAAGCGUGGAGAGCGGCGAACUGCAGGACCUGGACGAAAGCACCGGCAAUCACAUCGUCAAGCGAUCUGCCAAGGAUUCCAGCUCCUCCGAGGAGGAUAAGAAUGGGGCCAAGGGAAAGCUAAAGGACAAGGCAAACAGCUCAGCGAGUUCCUCAUCCGAGGAGAAGACAACAACGGGAAAUGCUGUCCAUGAGGGAGAAACUACAACCGAGAACUCCGCUCGGAGACGCCGGGAAAUUGCAACAAAUGACGAAAAGGAUCAAGGAAAUCAAAAAACCAGCGAGGAGUCGCCAUUGGAUGCCCAGGCCGAGAAGGAGCUGGACGAGGAAAUGGCACGGGCUGAAGCGGAGAUUCUUAAGAUCGUAGACGGAAAGGAUAAUACUAGCAUCGAGGACUACGCCCAGGGAUGUGAAGUCAUGGAGGUUAGCUCCAAAGAGGCCAACGAGGCCACCUACGCAGAAUAAUUCU